AUGGAUUCAAUAAUUGCAUUUGGUUUAAACAAUACCAUUGUUGGAAAUAAUGGUGAUAUAUUUACUUCAACAGCAACAGCAGCAACAGAAGAAUCUUCAUUUGAUAAUAAACAAUUAAUAACAAUUUUUAUAGCAUGCGCACCAGUUUCAAUAGUAGGCUCAUUAUUUAUUAUUAUUACUUGGUCUAUUUUCGCCAAAUUAAAGCACAGUGGUUCAAAUUUUAUAUGGUUUCAAGCAAUCUCCGAUUUUUUAUUUACUUUAAAAUAUAUUAUUACAAUUAUUUUUUAUUAUUUAAAUAUACCACAAUUUACUGAAAGUACAACUGUAAAUGAUCCUGUAUCACCAUAUUGUUUUGGAUUAGGAUUAUUUAGUCAAUUUUUUGGACAAGCAACAAUAUUAUGGUCAUUUUCAAUGACAAUUAAAGUAUUUCACUCAUAUAUUAAAAUAAAAUCAAAUAAACCAAAGCAACAACAGCAACAACAAAUACAACCACAGCAGCAAUCAGGUGAAAAAAGUUUAAAAUAUUAUCAUUUAUUUGUAUGGGGAUUUUGUGCAAUUAAUGCAGCAGUUGUCGGUGUUUUUAAACAAUAUGGUCCAACAUCUACAGGUUGUUGGAUUGUAGGAUCAUCAAACCCAUUUAGAUUAUUUGAAUUAAUACCACUUUAUAUUACAAUCACAUUUUCAGUUAUUAUAUUAAUUUUGAUUCUCAUUAAAAUGAGAAAGAAUAGACCAAUAUCUUUAUUACCAACAGAAUCUCAACGUUAUCGUUUACAAGAAAGAGAAUUUAAAGUUCAACUAAUGAAAUUCAUAUUGAUUUUUGUUAUAUUUUGGACUCCUGCUACAAUUUUAAGAACAUUGGAAUAUUUUGGUAUUGAAAACAAAUUCUUUAUUCUUUUGGAUGCUGUUUCAGUAAGUCUCCAAGCUUUAGCAAAUGCAUUAGUAUGGGCAACAUCAAAACAAUUCUACACAUUAUUAAAUAAAAAGAUUAAAGGUUCAAGAAAAACAAAACAAUUAGAAAGAGAAUAUUUAAUCAAUAAAUAAAUUUAUAUAAAUUAUAAAUAAUAAUAAAUACCCCACAAUAAAUACCCCAAAUAACAAAUAACAAAAAAAAAGAACAAAAUUAAAAAAAAAAAAACUAAUAAACUAAAUAAUUAAAUUAAUUAUUAAUAAUUCUAAAUUUUU